AUGUGUGUGGUGGGCCAUGGGGAGGUUGAUGAGCCUGGGCUUUUGGCCCCCGAGGAUGGCAGCCAGGUGGAGGCAGAGCAGACAGGUGUUGGUCGAGAUCCCGGUCCCACCCUAGUACAGAAUUGGGAGGAAUUGUGUACUUAUGUGUCCUGCCCCUACAUAGCUUCUUCUAAUCCAGUCACCAUCACUUACCCUCAGGGUCAGCCAUGUCACCCAAACGUGGAGCUAAGCCUCCAGGAGGAGGUUAUAUGGGACCCAGGGCCUGAGCUCACCCCUCAGUGGACUGGUAACCUUGGUGUUCUGGUGAAGCCUGACAGGACCCGUCUUGCAAAACCAUUGACAUUCAGGGAUGUUGCCAUUGAUUUCUCUGAGGAGGAACGGGAAUGCCUGGAUCCUGCUCAGCAGAAUUUAUAUAGAGAAGUGAUGUUGGAGUCCUACAGCAACCUGAUCUUUGUGGCCAUGACUUCUCAUCGUCCUCAAGAAAUUUCACCAGAGCAAAGAAUAAAAGAGGGAGAGGGAAGAUAUGGAAAGUCGGCCCUAGAUUAUUUACCACUAAGAAAACAAUGGGAAAAUAUAGAGAAGACCUACCAAUGUGAAGAAUGCAACACACUCAAGAACUUUAGUCAACAUCACAGUGUUCAUACAGGAGAUACGCCAUGCAAAUGCAAAGAAUGUGACAAAACUAAUAAAAGCUCCAAUCUUAUUUGUCACCAGUGCACAUACCCUCUAGAGAUGCCCCACAUAUGUAAACAAAUUUGUGAAGCUUUUAGUCAAAAUCCAAGCCUUAAAAAUCACCAGAGAAUUCAUACUGGAAAGAUCUACAAAUGUAAAGUGUGUGGCAAGAGUUUUAAUCAUAAAUCAUCAUUUACUGUGCACCAGCGAAUCCACACUGGAGAGAAACCCUACACCUGUAAUGUAUGUGGCAAAGCUUUUAGAAUAAAGUCACACCUUGAGGGCCACAACAGGAUUCAUACUGGAGAAAAGCCCUACAACUGUAAAGAAUGUGGCAAAGCUUUUAAAAGAAAGUCACAUCUUCAUCGCCACAACAGGAUUCAUACUGGAGAGAAGCCCUACAUAUGUAGAGAAUGUGGCAAGAGUUUUAAUCAAAAAUCAUCACUUACUCAGCACCAGCGACUCCACACUGGAGAGAAGCCCUACAACUGUAACAUAUGUGGCAAAAGUUUUCAUCAAAAACCAUCACUUAAUCGGCACCAGAGAAUCCACACUGGAGAGAAGCCCUACAAUUGUAAAGUGUGUGGCGAAAGUUUUACUACUACAAACACACAUCUUGAUUGCCACAACAGGAUUCAUACUGGAGAGAAGCCCUACAAAUGUAGAGAAUGUGGCAAAGAUUUUAAUCAACAAUCAUCACUUACUUGACACUAGAGAACCCAUACUAGAGAGAAGUCUUAAAAUGUGAAGAACGGCAAAGCUUUUAAAAUUGAAGAUCACAUAUUACUAAACAUUAUAGAUUUUAUUCUGGAGAGAAGUUUUACAAGUGAAAAACAUUGCAUCAGUGUCUUUAAGGAUGAAUCAACCCUUAUUUCACAGUAGUUCAACACUAUUUCAAACCAGACAUAUGGUAGCACAGAAAUUAUACAAGUGUAAAAUAGAUGUCAUAGUCUCCAACAGUUGUUCACACCCUACUCAGGACCUCAGAAUUCACAUGAGUGAGAGGAAAUGUGGAAAAAUUUUUGCAAAGCUUUUGGCCAUUGAUCAAACAUUUUUAAAACACUGGAGGAUUUAUAGCAUAUAGAAACCCAAAGAAUGUGUCCAAGACUGUUUUCAGUUUCACACAUUUUUCAAUUUCUGACCUCAUACCUCUAGCAAAUGUGGAGUAGCAUUUGUCCAAAGUGUGUACCUUAGAUAACAGCAAAAUAAUUACAAAAUACCUUGACAAAUAUAACAAUUGUAAUUUUCUUAUCUAUAGCCCAUCCCUAGGAGGGAAAGAAUUAUUUAAAUGUAGAAAAUGGGCAAUUGCUUUUGAUAUUUGCUGAAAAUUUUCUUGACAUCUUGAGCUGAUAUUGUAGAAAUAAGGAAAUACAAAUAUAGAAUAGUGCAUCCCAAAAAGGAUAUAAUUUUACUAUAAAUCAACAAUUACUAAAUAUUCUCACUUCUCACAACUGGAGAAAACAUAUUUCUCUUAGUUGAUUAUUUCAGAAAUGUCUUAGAUUUAUAUGAAGUUUUAAAUUUUAAAUUUUUAGAUUUGAACUUAGGGGCUUUUAAUCAGUAAACUCCAUCCCCAGAUUUUUUUUUCAUCAUUUUUAUUUAGAGAUAUGGUCUGCUAAGUUGGUUAGGGCCUCAGUAAGUUACGGUGAAGGUGGUAUCCAAAAAGAUGUUUGGUACUUAAUUGCAGUCUCUGAUUUCCUGUAUUACACUGACAACCCUAUGCCUGACUUUGUAGGCAGGGGGUGUAAAGAGGGUUCCUGGUAUGGCCUUCAGGCCUGUAUUCAAUCUCCUUAUGCUUUAAUUGCUUUAAUUACUGGAAAUAUGAGAGUUAAGAGAAAGGAUGAUAAAUAUCUUGUAGCCUGUAAAAAGUGCAAUUUACCUAAUUGCAUCACUAGAUAUAACAGAGGGAAGGGAAGAUUAAUCCUUCACCAGUCUUCCUUUGUCUUACUACCAGCCAAAAUUUCAGAGCCAUGGUAAGCUGAUGCAGGUGUUCAAGUUUUACAAGAGACGCAUGUUCAGGUGAUCAGACUUAAGAAAGCUUUUGGACUCAUAAUUCUUGGUUAUAAUUUUUUAUUUAAUCUCAUUCAUCACUCCACAUUUAUCAUCUCAGUGGCUGUAUCUCAGAACAUUCAACAUGCAGAUUUUCUUAAUAAUUUGACUCAAAAUACAUCCAAGGCCUUCAAUAAUCAUAAAUAUUGAUGAAAGUAUUGAAGCUAACUUGAAUGCCUUAGAAACUUCUGUCAUAAAUAUCAGUAAUGAGCUUUCUGCUCUCAAGUUUAAGGAAAGGCUUAAAUGCCAUCUGACUAUGAAGAUCUGUGUUACUGCAGCCAAAUAUAAACCUUACCAAUGGGAUUUGGAGAAGGUGAAAUUAUCUAAUGGGCAUUUGGCAUAGAAAAUAAUGAUAUCCUGGAUCUUAUGGGGUUACAUCACUACAUUCAGGAUAUCCAAAAAAGCAAAAUCAAUCCUUUGGAUCCUACUUCUCUAACUGGAAAUACUUCAAGAAUGGAAUGGCUUUAACACUGGAAACACAUUGAAACACUCUGCAUGGUAUAUUAUUGGAAUGAGAUGUCUGCUACUAGUUCUUUUUUGUAUUGUGAUAUAGGUUAUCACACCCUCAGACAAGAAUCCAGAAACUUAAAAUAACAGCUCAUCAUUUUCUAUUGCAAAGUCAAAAAGGGGAAUAUUCAGGGUGCCACCCGUGAAUUACUUGAGGGUCUUCUCUGGGUAUGGAGCCAUGGAGAUUUAGAUCUAACCUGGGGAACUAUCCACUGCUCCCCAGAGUGCACUGGAUUGCCCAAGACACAGGACCCUAAAUCUGCUCUACUAGCAAGACCCCUCUUGUAGCUCCAGAGUUGGGCAUAACCCAUUGGGAACAGCAAAGCCCACCUUCUACCUUAUUUGUCAAAGAAUAUUCCAUGGAAAACCUUUGAUAUUCCCUGAUAUAAAUAAAGCAAACAUGGGCUCCAUUUUGCUCUUUUGAGUGUGGAAGCUUCAUCCACAGAUGAAGAGUGGCUAGCCCAUCCCACCCCCACUUUUAAAAUUACUUUCCGUAUCCUGUGGAGUUUUUUCUGCUUUACCUUUCUUAGCUUUUAUUUUGCAGCCAGACCAUUCCACCAAGAGGAACUCUAUUUUUACCACCUGCAGUUUUGAACUCAUGAUCUUCUUUCCUCGGCUUCUCAAGUCACUGUGAUUACAGGCCUGCACUACUAUGCUGAGCUCUUGAUUGCUAUUUUUAUUUAGCACUUUUUAUUCUCAUUCUAUCUGUGUUUUGGAAUAUAAAGUGAAUCUUAUGUAGACAGUAGAACAAUUUUGUUUGGUUCUAGAUCUUAUUCCCAAUGGUGCCUUAACACUGGGCUACAUCCCCAGCCACUUUUUACUAUUAUUGUAUUUUAUUUUCAGACAGUGUUACGCUAUGUUUCAGAUUCCAGCAUCAAACUUGUGAUACCCUAGCCUCAGUCUCACAAGUAGCUUAGUUACAGCAUUGUUCCACUGUGCUCAGAUGAUGAUGAUUUAGACAGGCUCUACAUAAGUCACCAAAUUUGCCCUCCAACUUGCAAUCCUCUUACCUCAGCCUCCUGAGUUUCUAGAGUCACAGAGGUGUGCUGCAUGCCCAACUUGAUCAAUAUAUUUUCUAAAAUUGGAACAAAUUGGAUCUAUAUGCAUUAAUAAUAAUGAAAAAAGUAAUAGUAAUGAACAAAAUGCUUCUUC